GAGUGUGUGUGUGUGUGUGUGUGUGUGUGUGUGUGUGAGAGUGAGUGUUUCAGCCAUGGAAGCCGCGGUACUGACGCCCCAGAUGAUGGCGGACUGUAACAGUAACAGCACCGCUAACGGCGUGAACGCGGAGCUCGAGGUGAAGAAGCUACAGGAGCUGGUCCGCAAGCUCGAGCGGCAGAACGAGCAGCUGAGGACGCGCGCCAGCGCCGUGACCGGUUGCGCGUCCGCGCCGCGCAUCUUGCAGCGACCCUCCUCCGCCGGCGGCGCGCUUGGAGCUCCCGGCGUGUUCGUGGGAAGCCACUGCUUCCCGAGCGCGGUCCCGAGAGUCCUGUGCUCGUCUCCUUCGGGAUCGCGCAGCGGCAUCUCCGAGGAGCCGUACGCCUGCUUCCAUCCGCACCGUGCGGACGCGGACGCGCGGGACGAGGACGCGCACGGCGGCCUUUCGAAGCCCACGGUCCUGGACGAGGUGGAGUUACUGGAGCUGGACACUUUACUGCCCUGGGAUGAGGAGUCCGAGUACACCUGGCUGUACGUGUCCCCGAAGGCCAAGUCUUGGGCGGACUUCUCCCUCAGCCCAUUGCAGUGGAGCAGACAGGUGCUGGACAGCCCCAGGCCUGAGGUGGAGGCCGCCAAGAGGUCCUUGUCCAACAGACUUGGUCAAGUCCACAGAUGGAGAAGCAUCUCCUCCAGGCCCAUCCUCCCCUAUAGUCCCAUAGCUGGAGUCCCCCCCCUCAGUGUCCCUGUCCGACCGUACACCAAACCUGCACUAACAGAGCGAACAGCAUCAUUUCCCACCUCCAGCCAUUCUCCUCCACCCCACUUGACUCAGACCCCCACUGAGAGGGACUGCUCCGGACUAGCCGAGAGGUCGCCCUCAUUCCUCUCUCACUCAGCCAGUCACAGUUUUAUCCGCAUGCGGGCCCCCCUGAGCCCGGGGUCCUCUGUUGACAGUGAGCUGAGCAUGUCAGAGCUGGAAGAUGACUCCAUCUCCAUGAGCUAUAAGCUGCAAGACCUAACGGAUGUGCAGAUCAUGGCCCGCUUGCAAGAGGAGAGCCUGCGGCAGGACUAUGCCACCACCUCAGCUUCAGCCAGUCGCCGCAGCUCCGGCAUCUCCCUGCACUCGGGCCGCCGGGCAACGUCUAGCGAGCUGGACUUGGAGGCUGACGAGGAAUGUGACCAGCUGCCCCCGCCUCAAGCCCGCCUAGGCCGUGCGGGGCUUUUGCAGCGUGGCCUGCCUCAGUCGCAAACCUUCUCCAGCGUAAGAGAAUGCCGCCGCAGCCCCUCGGCCCCGCAGUGCCUCAGCAGCCUCUCCCAGCAGCAGUACUCGGGCGCCAUCACACCCAGCUACGCCCCAGAUGCCCAGAGCGCCAGGCUUGGCGCAGGAUCUUCCAUUUGGAAUCAAGCUGAGUAUGACAAUAAACUGCGGAGAAGCAUGCCUAAUUUGGUGCGGGCUCCCAGCAUGCCCUGCGUGCCCAGUGUGCCCAGUGUGCCCAGCAUGACCAGCGUCUCUAGCCCCGCCAGCCAUGCCACCUCGCCAUCCUCAAUCCGCAACAGCCAAAGCUUUGACUCGUCCAGCGGCUUGGCCAGGCUGCACAGCUCAAUUCCAUCUCCAGGUCCCCUGCAGCAGCGUGUCCACAGCGUGGGCAACUUCCCGGUGUCUCCGCGUCAACCUCUCAAAGCCACAGCUUACGUGAGCCCCACCGUGCAGGGCCCCCCUGCUGUGUCCUCCUCCCUCAACCAGCACUCCGCCCCCAGCAGUGGCAUUCCCCUUCCCAGCAAGCCGGGGACCCCCUCCCCGGGAGGCCGUAGUGGCCUGCCCCGGCCGGCCUCGACCAUUGGAACCAGCGCCAAUCCCCGCAGUAAAAUCGCCCAGCCGGCACGCAGCUUACUCACACCCCCAAAGAGCCUCUCCACCCUCAGUGCUCUCCGGGAGGGAAGCUGGAGAGAUGGGUGCUACUGAUGGGACGAUGGAGCCUGGGAUCCAAGGCAGUCAACAACAUUCGCAGCCCAGCUGGCUGGGUCUGCCUGCUGCGUCACAAAGUGUUCUUGAAAUAGACGGGCACUGGGGAUCUGGCACGGAAAGCCCCGGAGCCUGGUUCUCCCUCAAGGGCUUCUGUGAUACUCAGUCAGUGGAAACAUGGAAUGGUGUGAAUAAUAUGCACUGCAAUAAUACUGUCCUUAAUUCAAUUUUUCAACUUUCCUGUCAGAUUUUUAAAGCAAAAUAUUUUAGCCAAAAAACUGGAUUUGGAGCAUAUGAGAAGCUGACUCUUAACUGAUUAAAUUAUUUUGCCAUGAUUUUUCUAACCAUGAUAACUGAACAGUGAAUGUCUGCAGUUACAACUAAGUUGCGUGUGAAAUACUGAAAUCUUAAAAAAAAAAAAAAAAAAAGAAA